AAUUCCCUUGAGAUAACGGCGGCACUAACAGCACAAUUAGCCCGACUCUGUGUGUGUGUUUCCCCCCACCGCCGCUCACCUCUCGCUGUCAAUCGCUGCAGGAUUUGUUUGGACUUUUCCGAACCUCUCUCUGCAUCUGUGAGGAUGUUGUUGUGCCUCCUCCUCAUCCUGCCUGCCCACUCCGCGGCUCAGAGAUCAGAGCCCGUGUUCUCAGCUAUAACCAAGACCGUCCUUCCUCCAGACUAUGAUAACAACCCCACGCAGCUCAACUACGGCGUGGCCGUCACUGACGUAGACGGAGACGGAGACUUGGAGAUAUUUGUAGCCAGCUACAAUGGUCCCAACCUGGUGCUUAAGUAUGACAAAGAGAGCAAAAGACUCGUCAACAUUGCCAUCGACAACCACAGCUCCCCGUUUUACGCCCUGAGAGACCGUCAGGGCAACGCCAUCGGGGUGACAGCGUGUGACAUCGAUGGGGACGGACGGGAGGAGAUUUAUGUCCUUAACACCAACAAUGCUUUCUCUGGUCGGGCGACGUAUUCGGACAAGCUGUUUAAGUUUCGUAACGGACGCUUUGAGGAUCUGCUAAACGACGAUAUUAACGAGCACCGAGAUGUAGCCAACCCAAUGGCUGGGCGCUCAGUGGCCUGUGUGGACAGGAAGGGUACAGGCCGGUACGCGAUCUACAUCGCUAACUACGCCAGUGGAAGUGUGGGUCCUCACGCUCUUAUAGAAAUGGAUGAGGCAGCCAGUGACCUGUCACAGGGUGUCGUCGCCCUCUCCAACGUGGCAGAGCAAGCUGGAGUCAACAAGUUGAUUGGAGGUAGAGGUGUUGUGGUGGGACCUAUCAUCAGUCAAACUCUGUCUGACAUCUUCUGCGACAAUGAAUACGGGUCGAACUUCUUGUUUAAGAACAAUGGAGACGGGACUUUUACUGACUUGGCGCAGCAGGCCGGUGUGGAAGACCCCAUGCAGCACGGCAGAGGGGUGGCUCUGGGGGAUUUUAACCGUGACGGCAGGACUGACAUUGUCUAUGGAAACUGGAACGGACCUCAUCGUCUGUACAUACAGCUGAACAACCGCAAACAGAAAUUCAAGGACAUCGCCUCUCAGAAGUUUUCCAUGCCGUCCCCAGUCAGAACUGUUAUUGCUGCAGACUUUGAUAAUGACAACGAGCUGGAGGUCUUCUUCAAUAACAUCGCCUACAGGGGACCCUCGGCCAACAGGCUCUUUAGGGUGAGCAGGAGAGAACAUGGAGACCCCCAGAUAGAAGAGCUGAAUAUUGGGGAGGCUGCAGAGCCUGAAGGAAGAGGAACCGGAGCUGUAGCCACAGAUUUYGAUGGAGACGGGCAUCUGGAACUGAUUGUGUCUCACGGUGAAAGUGCAGCUCAGCCUCUCUCUGUUUACAAAGUCAACCAGGGCCAGUCUAACUCCUGGCUGCGAGUAAUUCCCCGGACCAGGUUUGGGGCUUUUGCCAGAGGAGCUAAGGUGGUGGUUUAUACAAAGAAGAGCGGCCCACACACACGAAUUAUUGAUGGUGGCUCAGGGUACUUGUGUGAGAUGGAGCCCGUCGCCCACUUUGGCUUAGGUAAAGACGUGGCCACAAAUGUUGAAGUGUACUGGCCCGAUGGACGCUCUAUAGCCCGCCCCCUGGAGUCUUCAGAGAUCAAUUCAGUUCUGGAGAUCCGCUAUCCAAGAGAUGAAGACGAAGUCACCCCUACUGUGAAAAUAGAGUGUGGUCAUGGAUUUGCUUUGAAUGAGYACGGUCGUUGCACAGAUAAAGACGAAUGUACCCAGUUCCCCUCUGUGUGCCCCUCUGACCGCCCCGUUUGCACCAACACCCACGGCAGCUAUAAGUGCCGUGCCAAAAGGAGAUGCAACCAAGGCUUUGAGCCCAAGGAUGAUGGGUCGGCCUGUGUGGCCCAGGUGGCUUACUUUGGCAUAACACAGUCUUCUGGGGAUCGCAAUACUUUCCACAUGCUUUCUUUCUCUAUUCUACUACUCAUCUCUACCCAGUGGCAGACAGGACUUCUGUAGUUGCUGCCGACCACCCUCCUCCUUCACUGCUGAGCAGAGAUGUAUAAAAACUCUGCGUCUAAACUUUUCUUCAGAAAAAAAAAAAACAUUCUUCCCCCCUUUUUCCUCUAUGGAUCUCUGCUGCUGUUGUUUUUCAUCACAGCCCUGCCCUGUYGUCACCGCUGCUGUAUAUCACCUCCUGGCUCCCGGCCCCCUCAAAAUAAAAYAAAAUAAGACAACACACAGGGAGCAUGCUCGCUGGGAGCUACAAAGAUCAGGAGUAACUGUGUCACCUGUGGAGCCCUUAUGUCAUCGCCUGGCUUUUGUUUUUUAGUGGGACCUGAACUGAGGCCAAGUCAAUAAGUGGAGCCCCCCACCCCACCCCACCCCACGCACACACACACACGCAGAGGCCCCAUCUGUA